CUUCAGGUGUGAUGUUUUCUCUGUGGAAUCAUCAGAUUAUUGUUUUGCUGCUAUCUGGCAAGAGCUAAAAAUCGUUCAGUUUAAAAUAAACUAAACUUUGUAUUGAUCAACACAAGGGUUGAGCAAACUUUUGUGGUGCCGAAAAUUAUUCCAUUUCCAUCUGUGUAAUGGUUAAGGCAGCAUUCGAGGGCAGUCUCGAUCUCAACAGAUGCAUCUCGCCCGUACGCUAGAUAAGCCCGUUUCUGAUCCAAACAUUGGCAGAACAAACGAAGACAAAUGAUGUCGAAAAUGUCUACGUUCUACUCGCUGAUUGGGCAUUUGCUGAUGUUCGGGAUGGUUCUAAUAGGUGCGGCGACCGCGCAGGCUACCAACCCCGACACCCAGCCAUCGAUCACCGUCAAUAAGCUACCCUUCUGCGAUGAGGAGAUUGGAAAAGUGCGUGAUGUUAGCGAUAGACUGCUGUACGUCACCACUCUGGAUGGGCGGCUAUCUGCGCUGGAUCUCAUGGACAAUGGUUUGCUACGCUGGAGCGUAGCAACCGGCCCAGGGCCCCUACUGUCAUCGAGCAUCCACCGGUUGGAGCUGACAAACAAUGGCAAAUGGGUUCGCAUGAUUCCCUCGCUCAGCGGAGGGCUGUACAAAUUCGACGGAGACACAAUCGAGCCGGUUCCGUUCAAUGCCGAAGAUCUGCUUAAGUCGUCCUUCAAGUUUUCCGACGAUUUGGUUAUCUCAGGCGGCAAGGAGACCCGCUCGUACGGAGUGUCGACACGAACCGGACAGGUGAUAUACGAGUGCACCAUGCAUGGCUGCCGGAACGCAACGGAAUUGAUAGAUGAGGAUCGUAUAAAAAAUGGACCACCCCGUGAGGGUAUGGAAGCUAUUCUGGAUCACGAUAGCCUGCAGGAUGAUAUGAUCGUCAUAAGGCGUCAAACACAAACCGUGCGAGCAGUCGAAUCAAGGACCGGAAGUGAGCGGUGGAACUUCAGUAUCGGACACCAUGAGUUGGACAUACUGAAGAGUGAAGACUGCAGGGGAGGAUCGAAGGAACUACUGGAUUCAGCUAUUUUAGAUUUGGAAUUGAAGGUAGUGAUCCCGGAAGGCUUGAUUUGUGCGGUUAGUAAGUCGGCACCGAAUACGAUUCUAUGGAAGUACAAAUUCGAGCAUCCAAUUGUAAGCGCCUGGAGAGCGAAGGACAAGAACGAAUUGAUGAGUAUUAACUUAUUCAAAGGUGCUGAAUGGCUUUGGAAUGAACAGACAGUACAGAUUGAUACGGAUCUGGUGGCUAUGUUAAACCCUUCGCUGUAUUUGGGUAUGCAUCAGAGGCAGUUGUAUAUUCAAGAAUCGACCGCAUUGAUGGUUCAAAGUAGCAAUGCUCAGAAAAUACUACUUUCCGAUAACGAGCGAAUACCAACUAUUCCCUGGAAACCAUUUAUGGCAAGACCUCGAGCUGUUGGCCUUCUAACCGAUGAAAAUCGGAAAAAAGAUUCCGAAUAUGCCGAAUCGACGGCUAUUGCACGAUCGGUUCUGUACCAAUCAAACUACGUUGAUGGAGAUGGUUUCUUUUUGUUUACCCCGGAGGAUUUGAACAGGAAAGAUAACGAACUUCUCUGUUCGAAUGACUCCAAGACGCCGUCGGAGAACUCAAGAAAUGACAGCCCAAUAUUCGAUUUUUCGAUGGAUCCUGAUGCCCCGGUCAAGAUUAUCAUAAUCUCGAUUUGGUUUUGGUGGAAAGAGAUUCUAUUGAUCUCCGCCACGACAGCUUUCGUGCUGAACGUGGUGCUGCGUUACAAAAACGAAGUGGUUGUGUUUGUGGAACGCAAAGUUGAGGUGCCGGUCCCGAUUGCUGUGGAAGCUACCGAGGAACAAUUCGCCCCAUUGGCUCAGAUUCGGAGUUCAACCAGAAGUCUUUCAGAAUCUAGCAGUGAGAACUUUACCUCCCGAUUCCAGGAGGAUUUCGAAUUGGUACAGUGUCUUGGGAAGGGCGGUUUCGGCGUUGUAUUUGAAGUGAGAAACAAGCUAGAUGAUUGUCACUAUGCCAUAAAGCGAGUGGUACUGCCGUAUAAGCAGGAAUCGAAAGAUCGUGUGAUGAGAGAGGUAAAGACAUUGGCUCACUGCGAGCACAACAAUAUAGUGCGAUAUUUCCACGCGUGGACAGAAACUCCACCUCCCGGUUGGCAGGAAAGUCGGGAUAAGAUUUGGAUGGAACGCAACUGCUUAUCCACAUCGAUUGAUAUCGAAACACCCACAGAAACAUCCCCACCGAAUUCAAAAAUCAUUCCUACCACCAAAAAAGGGGGAAUUCCGAAAACAGGUCCAGAAAAGUACAACAUACCAAAGCAUUCCGCCGGCCAACAGCAGCCGUGGCUGACGAAGCUUCCCGAGCAGAGCUUCUCGAUGUCUAACAACGAUGCAGAUCGUUCAAGUAGUUGCUCAUUUAUCGGGUUUAGAGCAGAUCCACGAAAGUCGUUUCGAAGCGACACCGAAGACGACUCUUUUCAGAUUGAAUUCAAGCAUGAUGAUGAUGAUGAUGAUGAUGAUAACGAUAAUGAGAAGCCCGAUGCUAGUGCAGGCGGAGAUUCAAUAGAUAUUGUUUUUCAGGACCCAUCGAAUAAUACGUCCAACAAAGAACACAUUAUAUCAAUAACUGAAACAUCCACCACGUCACAGAAACCGAUUCCAAUCGCCAAUCGAACGCUGAGAAAGAAUCGUCACCGGAGGCCUCUUUCUCUCGAUCUCACCAGUGCUGGACGUGUUAAUCGAACUCCAGCCGUGACCAGUACUGCUGGAAAUCACAUCGAUUCGGUCGCAACCAGCUCCGGGAGCUUCAAAAUAUAUCUCUACAUUCAGAUGCAACUUUGCCGGAAGCAAUCUCUUAAAGAGUGGUUGGCUUUGAAUGAUUUGGCUGCACGACAAGAUAAAAUCAUACCGAUUUUUGAACAAAUCGUAGAUGCCGUAGAAUACGUUCAUCUUAAGGGGCUAAUUCACAGGGACCUGAAACCCAGCAAUAUAUUUUUUUCGCUAGACGGGCGUGUUAAAAUAGGCGACUUCGGACUGGUGACAGAUUCAGGCGAUGUACAGUAUGACAAAGAAAACAAUUUACCGGAAAUGACAAACAACAGACACACCCGCCAAGUAGGAACCCAACUUUACAUGUCUCCGGAGCAGCUGAAGGGGCUGCCGUAUGACUACAAGGUAGAUAUUUAUUCGCUGGGACUGAUUCUUUUCGAAUUACUGGUUAGCUUCGGCACAGAAAUGGAACGGAUUUACACGCUUAAGGACGUGCGAAAGAAUAAGUUUCCCGAUGGGUUCGAAGAGGAAUAUUCCAACGAGUACGAACUGUUAAAGUUAAUGCUCGCAGACCAACCAAAAAAACGAUUGACUACAUUCGGCAUCAAGGCGCGCCCUCCAUUAAAGCGAAUUCACACUAGCAAAUCGUCACCUCAAUUCCAAACUGUGCCAUUGCUGGAAAAUUCCCUGCAGUUAAACACUACCAACGGUUCUGCUAUGCCCCCAGAACCAUCGGAGAACAACGAAUGGCAUUUUGAAUUGCCUCCUAGACGUAAGGAUAGCCGAUCUUACUCUACAACAGGCAGCUCCAGCUCCGGAAGCAACCAAAAUAAUACUUUCUUUUGAUCGUUAUCUUGUUAUGCACUAUUAUAAAUUUAUAUUCAAACUAUUGAAUGACAAGAGAAGCAAUAUGACUUUAUUUUUUUGUUCUUCCACUUCAAUCAAGUUGUUAGGCAUAUGAAUGUUUCGAGUGAACUUCCAGUGAACAGGUGAAAUAAUUUGUUUAAUAUCUAGGAGUCUAGCUUACAAAUUGUUUCUUCACUUAACGAAAGAAAGCAAACUAUUUCUUCGCUCGUUUUCCUUCACCUUUCUUAGGGGGAGCUUUGCCACGCAGUGCCCGCAAUCGAGCCAUCUCCUCUUUGAAGUCCUGAUGUUCGUCGCGGAACAGUCCGUACUCUCGCAGCUUCAGUGCUAGCAAAUUGGUUUCGACAUGCCUCGGGUACCAGUUGACCACGUAGUCUCUACGCUGGAUCGGCUCUUCGCUGAACAUUUUAACCACUUUCAUCGAUUGGGAGUUGGUGGGUCGCGUCACUUCACCGAAGAUUCUGUUCGAGAGGUGGUUCAUCCGACGGGCAUAGGUUGUAGACAAUUUAGCGAGAUCUUUGUACUUGGACAUUGUUUAUUUUUGUAUUAAAAUAUUUUCUAUUUCGCUGCACCAAGUUCUGUAACUGCAAGCGGUGUGAUUUGUGUCUACUGUCAAA